AUCUAGUGGGCCCUCCCUCCGCUCUCCGGCCUCUUAUACCGAGAGUGGCGAGCCCAGCCGCAGCCCAGAGCAGGAGCGCCGGGCAGCGUCCCCUCCCGGCCCGGCCCUCGGCGAACCCGCAGCAGCUGCGCUGGACCACAGCCGUCUCGGAAGCACCUCUCCCGAAGUUAUGGAGAAAACCUCUACGGACACACUUCCUCUCACCAUGAUUUCUUCAGAAAAGCAAGAGACUGUCUGUAUUUUUGGAACUGGAGAUUUUGGAAGAUCACUUGGACUUAAAAUGCUCCAGUGUGGUUAUUCUAUUGUUUUUGGAAGUCGAAACCCGGGGAUGUCCAGUCUGCUGCCCAGUGGUGCAGAGGUCUUGAGCUACUCAGAAGCUGCCCAGAAAUCUGACAUUAUAAUCCUAACCGUCCACAGGGAACAUUACGAUUUUCUCACACACCUAACUGAGGUUCUCAAUGGGAAAAUACUGGUUGAUGUCAGCAACAAUCUCAAAAUCAAUCAGUAUCUGGAAUCCAAUGCAGAGUACCUCGCUCAGUUGCUGCCAGGAGCCCAUGUAGUAAAAGCAUUCAACACUAUCUCAGCCUGGGCUCUGCAGUCAGGAGCGCUGGAUGCAAGUCGCCAGGUGUUUGUCUGCGGAAAUGACAGAAAAGCCAAGCAGAGAGUGAUGGAUAUUGUUCGUACUCUUGGACUUACUCCGUUGGAUAAAGGAUCUCUCAUGGCAGCCAAAGAAAUUGAAAACUACCCCCUGCAACUAUUUCCAAUGUGGAAGUUCCCCUUCUGUUUGUCUGCUGUUCUGUGUGUCUUCUUCUUUUUCUACUGUGUAAUAAGAGAUGUAGUCUACCCUUAUGUGUAUGAAAGAAAAGAUAAUACAUUUCGCCUGGCUAUUUCCAUUCCCAAUCAUAUCUUUCCAAACACAGCACUCACACUGCUUGCCUUGGUUUACCUCCCUGGUGUUCUUGCUGCCAUUCUGCAGCUGUACCGAGGUACAAAAUACCGCCGAUUUCCAGACUGGCUUGACCACUGGAUGCUCUGCAGAAAGCAGCUUGGCUUGGUAGCCUUGGGAUUUGCCUUCCUUCACGUCCUCUACACACUUGUGAUUCCUAUUCGUUAUUACGUACGAUGGCUCAUGAACAACAGAACUGUUGUCCAGGCAAUAGCCAAGAAAGAAAAUCCAUUUAUUAUCUCUACUGCCUGGCUCAGCGAUUCCUAUUUAGCCCUGGGAAUCCUUGGAUUUUUCCUGUUUGUACUCUUGGGAAUCACUUCCUUGCCAUCAGUCAGCAACAUGGUCAACUGGAGAGAGUUCCGAUUUGUCCAGUCCAAACUGGGCUAUUUGACCCUGAUCUUGUGCACAGCCCAUACCCUUGUGUACGGCGGGAGGAGAUUCCUUGAUCCCUCGACCCUCAAGUGGUAUCUUCCAUCAGCCUACGUGAUAGCGCUGAUCAUCCCUUGCACCCUGCUGGUGGUCAAGUUCAUCCUCAUCCUGCCGUGUAUAGACAAGCCCCUCACCCGGAUCCGCCAGGGCUGGGAAAGGAACCCCAAAUUCUUGGAAUCGGCCCUCAAUGGAAAAACAGAUCUUUAAAGCAAGGUUCAGUUCACCCAGAUUUCUGAACUGUGGUGUCCUACGUUCAGAGAAGAAUGAUGGGGACAGUCAAGAAAGUACUUUUCUCCCUCCAUGGCGUGAAGGUUGUGAACCAAGAAAGAAAUCACACAUGGCUUUGAGAAGUGGACACCAGUUUAUCUCGGUCGGGGCUGUAAUGAAUCAGGGCUAGUCCCUGCCUCUGGCGGGGGCGGGGGGGGGGGCAGAGAUCAUGAUUUUGUCAUAGUUUUUUGAUUUCACAUUAAUCAUAGCUUUGUGAUUUCACACCAACAAGCUUCUUUGUUGUGGGCAACAUGUAUGACCUAAUGUUUUGCAAAAUCCAGGGGAAGUAUUUGCAACUUCCUUCUCGGGCACAAGGGCUGAGUAGAGUGAAAGAGAAAACAGUAAGAGGGUAGCUGCUGCUAAAGGCUUUAACAGAUAUGUCUGAAGAAUAAGGCUGAUGAAGUAAAAGGAAUGAAUUUUUUCUGUUUUUUAGGAAGUACAGGUGAUCAUAAAUAUUGCCAUGGUGAAUUCUGAACUUACAUGUGCUCUUUGAUUUUGCUUUUAGCAAUACGGAUUUACACUGAAGGGCACUAUUUUAUAACACAAUAAAAUAUCACAAUUGAUUGGAAGUAAGCAUGGGUUGGAUAUAUGCAAAUCUAUACAGCUGUCAUAAGAGCCUUCUUCUACAAAGGAUAAAGAAUAGGAGAGAUUGAGUUAAAAUGAGGGAAAUCCAGUUGGAUUUUCUCAAUAAGCAAGGAAGGGUUGAUAAAAUCCUUUGCAAAAAAAAAAAAAUAAUAAAUUACAAGUAAACCAUAAUUUGAGACAGCAAGCUAAAUACAUUUUGUAAAGUUGCAUCAUAUCAGGUUUGGUAUUACUUAGGUCUUGUGGUAUACUUUAUAAAUGAUAGAUUCCAAAUGCUGUUCAACAUAAAUCAUCUAUGAAAUGAA